AUGGAGCAUGUUAUGGAUGUGAGCUGGAUGACGCAUGGAAAAGACAACUGGAGCAACCAUGGUGUCAACUGGAAUUCUUCCAACCAUAUUGAAGACUCCUCGAAUCGCCCGAAACCUCCAACCCCAAGCAAAUCAAAUGGUAAAACAGAUGAUUCCCCCUUAACGCAUACCACCCUAUCUCCACCGACGGUCCCACCGGCUGCGAGUAAGCCGAUACCUCAGCGUAUGGGUAGGGCGAGGAGUCAAUCCGUCGAAGGAUCGCAAGGCCAAAAUGGAACGCCACCGCAAAGGAGAGGCUCAUGGUUUUCCAAUAUCUCGUCUAAAUUCUCUACCUCUCCAGCCAAUGGAAAUACCGCGUCUCCUGCCACUACGAAGUCCGACGACGACGAAGUAGCUCCUCUACCUAAGAUCACGCCAAACAAGAAUGCAGUACUCCCCCAUGCGUCGCGACAGACCGGCGAUGCUCCGUAUAUACCCGCGCCUCCAAAAACGACUCAGCCUGGCUUCUUAGGGGUUUUUCGCCGCUUGUCAUCUUCGAGUAGUGUCAUCGCGCCUGGCUCUAGAGCUAGCCAUGGCCUCGUGGAGCGGAGAAUUCUUAAUAUCGACAAGCAUAGAGAGAGGUGUCGGGUGAACGAGCUAUGCCAAGCAAAACUUCGUCGCGUCGCAUUCUGCGUUGAUGUCGAGAUUGCGCCCAUGCCUAAGUAUACGGAAGAAGAAACAGCGGCGCCCAAUAAGCCCGUCGAUAAAACACAGAAAAAGAAGAUCACGGAAAGGGGCGAAGGUGAAGCUUUAAAAAACCCAAGGGCGCUGGAAGAGCAGAAGGAAAACAUUGGAGUAGUCAAGGCGACUGGAGAAACCCUGCCAAAGGAGCCUAAGAAAGAGGGUAGCCAAGUGGCGAACGGAGAUCCAAAGGGAAACGAUGCUACUACAGAAAACGACAAGCCUGUAAAAGAAAAGGAGACUACCCGUAAGAAGGAAAAGAAGAAGAAGAGCGAGGCAGAACGAAAGGCCAAGAAAGAGCAGAAGCGCAGAGAAGCUCUCGAGAAGGGAACAAUUCCUAUGGAAUUAUAUUUCGAUAGUGACAGCUCAACAGAUGAAGUCUCGAUACGGUCCGGAACGCAAAAAACGCAGCUAGCGCCUACGACGAACCCUGGUAGGAUAUAUCGCCGUUGUUGUCAGCUUCGAGAGACGGAUAUUCUUACCAAGAUUACCUUACAAUUCCCCAAGAGCACCGAGUCUUGUCAGAAUGGUAUAGUGGAGAAGCUAGACCUUACCGGAUAUUUUAUGUCGCUACCCGACUUGGUCACGUUAGGGGAUUUCCUUGCCGUUGUUCCUGUUAAGGAGGUUAUUUUGGAAAACUGCGGAUUAACCGACGAGGGUGUUCGUGUUAUCCUCGCCGGACUCCUAGCGGCUCGGAAAACAACGAACACUAGACACCGGCGAUGCUGUACUAAACCCGCUGACUUGGCGGAGCAAGGUGGCGUCGUGGAGAGGCUCGUGCUCAAGAACAACAACAAGAUUACCAUCGAAGGCUGGAAACAUAUUUGCCUCUUUAUUCAUAUGUGCCAUUCUAUUAAAUAUCUUGAUAUCUCGAGUUUACCGUUUCCUACGCCUGUAGAACCUACAAAGACGUCCAUCAGCCAUCAUUUGCAUCAUAGCACUGGACACAAUGCUUCUUCUUCUCCAAUCGACUUAUCCCUCCUACUCUCUAAGGCAAUCGGGGAACGUCUGGCUGGCCCCGUAUUGGAACUUCUCAACAUCGGCUCUACCGGCUUGACGGCAAACCAACUAGGUGCAAUCAUCGACGGAAUUCUCAAAUCGGGAGUGAAAAGGCUAGGAUUAGCCAAUAACAACCUUGACGCGCAAGGUGCUCAACAUGUGGCGAGAUAUCUGCGCAAUGCGAAAUGCGAGGGAAUUGACCUUGGUGGCAACGAUUUACGAGACCAUAUCGCUGAUAUUGCCGAGGCUUUUGAUGAAAAUGACGAAUUAUGGGCUAUGAGCCUGGCUAAUUGCAAUUUAAUACCGGCUUCCUUAUGCAAGAUCCUUCCCAAGUUGGCGAAGCUCCCUAACCUCAAGUUCCUCGACUUGUCACACAAUCGCGCGCUCUUCGAGUCUGAGCCUAAUGCCAUGGGAUUGCUUCGCAAAUACCUACCUGAGAUGGAUAGCCUAAGGAGGUUGCAUCUCGCAGAUGUUUCGUUGUCUUCUGAGCAAGUAAUUUCUCUUGCUGAGAUUUUGCCCGAAAUUAAGGCCUUAGCGCAUAUCAAUUUACUCGAGAAUUCGGCUAUCGUUAGUUUAGCCGAUGCUCGGAGUGAAGAGGGCCAGGAAGAAGCAUGCGCGGUAUAUGCCUCGCUUCUGGCUGCCGCCCGUGUCUCGAGGUCAUUGAUCAAGGUCGAUAUAGAUAACCCCAGCCUCGAGUCGGGUGAAAUUGUCAAGGCGCUAGCAAACCGCGUAGUAGUGUACUGCAUGCGUAACAUGCAGGGCGUGCCAGAUAUUCGAGACUCGGCCGGCGAGGACGGGCAGCAAGAGAAGUUACCAGAGGUGCUUCGACAUCUUGUGGGCCACGAAGAAGAUUCUCCCUUUGUGGACCCGGAUAGUGAUAUCGAGCCGGCUCCUGAUGAGGAUUAUGUCAUUGGCGGUACGGGUGUUGUAAAGGCUUUAGCAUGCGUCUUGAAGAACCGAGGAGACGAUACUAGACGGCCUUCAAGUGAAUUUAUUAGAGACAUCGAAUCUGGUACCUCGACGCCCCAAACUCGUCUACCUCCAGGGAAGGUCAAGGAUAUGUCCAAAUAUUUGCUUAUUAGCGCGAGGAAAAUUCGUGCUCGGCUACAGCCGGCCCUGGCUAUGGCCAAAGCAUCUUCCAACGAGGACAUCCACAAUUAUCACCGUCUCAUAUUCCUCGACCAGACAAUUGAAGGCAUCAUAAAACGCUUCGAAGAUGAGUUCCCAGAGACGCGUCAAAUGUCGUUGGAGGUCGGCCCUCCAGAUCAGACCACUACUGCAUCUGAGCCCAGUCGUACUUCGUUCUCCUCUGCCGAGGUCGAUGCAGCUCUAUUAUCAGAUACCGAGGAUAUGGAAACCGAGGUUCGCUCACCCCAGUCUCGAUCCCGAUCCAAUUCUAUCAUCUCUCACAGCUCGAAAGCGCUCGUUCAAGAGGAAGGCCGAGCCUUUCGUUUUAACCAAAUAUUCCGUUCGGGUCUUAUCAAGCCGGAACAUUACGAUCUACUCACUAGCUCCGAGAAGGUUGGAAAUGACCCUAGCCAUAUAACGGUAGUCACGAGUAUAAUGGACGAAUUAAUGGGAGAAGACGAAAUAAUCAAGAAGGACAUUCAAGAAAAGGGGCCCGUCCGCGCGUUCCAGCAGCACAGGGAAGAAAUAGUCAAGAGGUUACGCGAAGAAGACCCGUUGUACUGGGAGAAAUUCGUCGAGUCGCAAGAGAAGGCGAGGGCUAACAUCCAGAUGGAUACCAAAAACGGGGUCCCGCAAUCGCAGGAGUGCGCCGUCGACGAGGAAGCUAUUGCGGAUUAA